GAGUGUAUAAGAAGUGCAGUUCUCACAAGCAGGGAUUUUACACAGCAACUCAGGACGAACGAAAUGAGCUGCCCCAGAGCCGCUACAAAAUGCUGGAUGGACACCUUCUCCUGGGAUGGUUAUCAUUCACCAUUAUAGUGCAUCUAAUCAGCUUGCCUGGACCGAGCACAGCUUACUUCGGGCUAACAGGUAAUGAACCCCUAUCCAUUUUGCCACUGAGUUCACAACCAGACGAAAGGGCGGGCAAGGCACACUACAAGCUGUGUGAUCGACUCAAACUGGAAAAGAAACAGCGCAGAAUGUGCAGACGGGACCCUGGCGUGGCUGAGACUCUAAUGGAGGCCAUCAGCAUGAGUGCCUUAGAGUGCCAGUAUCAGUUUCGCUUUGAGAGAUGGAACUGCACCUUAGAGGGCCGCUACAGGGCUAACAUUUUAAAGAGAGGCUUCAAGGAGACGGCAUUCCUCUAUGCCAUCUCUUCAGCAGGCCUGAACCAUGCCAUGGCCAAAGCCUGCAGCGCUGGCCGCAUGGAGCGCUGCACCUGUGACGAGGCUCCUGACCUGGAGAACCGCAAAGCUUGGCAGUGGGGAGGCUGUGGAGACAACCUCAAGUACAGCAACAAAUUUGUCAAAGACUUCCUGGGUAAGAGGUCCAACAAGGAUCUCCGCGCCCGGAUAGAUAUGCACAACAGCAAUGUAGGAAUAAAGGUGAUCAAGGCAGGGGUGGAGACCACCUGCAAGUGUCAUGGAGUUUCGGGCUCAUGUACCGUGCAAACAUGCUGGAGGCAGCUGGCACCCUUCCAUGAAAUCGGCAAGCAGCUCAAGCAGCGCUACGAGAAUUCAAUCAGAGUGGUCAGCUCCACCAACGAGGCGACUGGGGAGGGGGAGAUCUCCCAGACCCGAUCCCAGGGGCAGCAGCCCUCUCCGGGCCCUCAGCCGGACCUCAUUCCACGCACCCUUGACCUUCUUCACAUUGAGGACUCACCGAGUUUUUGUAGGCCUAGCAAGUAUUCGGCAGGCACCAUGGCCCGCAAAUGCUACAAGGAUAAGAACUGUGAGGCCAUCUGCUGCGGCCGGGGCCACAACACUCAGAGUCGGGUGGUGACGAGACCGUGUCAGUGCCAGGUGCGCUGGUGCUGCUAUGUUGAAUGCAAACAGUGCACACAAAGAGAAGAAGUUUACACCUGUAAGGGGUAAAAACUGUCACAAAUAUGCUGAAUAUCUCUCACCAGUCUGAGAACAGUGAAUGAGUGGACGGCAAAAAGAGAGGAUAAGUGACAAGUUGUCCUGGUUUGGGGAAAGGUCUCAAAGACAUCAAACUAGUUGAAAGCACUUUUUUGAGAGGUUUUGCAGGGCAUUUUUUUCUGUUUUCCAUGUGGAGCAGCAUGUAUAAUAUUCCAAGCCUAAAGGAAUGGUCUACAGCUUUGAGAGACACCUUGGAAGUAGAUUAAACAUUUCACGGAGUAAUUCAUCUGCCAAGAUAUCAAUCAGCAGUGAAGUCCAGUCUUGGACUGACAAUUGUUUGUCCAAUGAUUUGACAGUCUUGAAUAAUAGCUUCAAGCCAUUUGUGUAAGAGGUUGUGUAUGUAUGUGACUUAAUUCCAACUUGCAGACAGAAUUUGCAGUUAAAAAUGAUGGGGUCAGAUUUAUUCUACAUGCACAUGUAUUCUACACCCACACAAGAGUGUAUAUGCAUAUGUACAUAGAUAAAAUUACAUUAUAAUUCUAUUAUAUACACCACUUAUAUGAGUAUGUUAAAUAACCACUAGCCACACAAAUGUUUUAUUGUUUGUGUGCUUGCAUUCACUUUGUGUUGUUAUUCUCUUUGACAAGGCCCUUAGGAAAGCAAUAAUUUUGAUUUGUGUUUUUCUGUGGAUAUAAUUUAUGGAAAAUGUGCUUUUCCUUCCUUUUUGUAUUUUUAUUUUAUGAAUUUCUUUUUUUGCUUGACAGUAGAAAUCUUUGCCAGUCUAUUUAAGAUUUAAACUUGGCAUUUAACAAACUCUACAAAUGACUGUUCAGGGAACAAGUGAAACCACUAUGCGCCAUUGGAUGGUAAAGAAAUCUCAGCGAUAUUACUAGGAGCUUAGGCUCUGAUUUAGGCUUCCACUUGAUGUCAGAUCUGUCCAUUCAGCUGCUGAUUCAUUGCUUUGAUCAUUGCAGCAGUGCUUUUCAGGACAAUGCUGGCUAAAUAUGAAAUAUGCCAUGGUUCAUGGCCACUUUAUGUUCGGUCAGUUUCACAGACAUCUAGAGGGUGCAAAUAAAAGUUGAGAAUGAACAUGACAGCAAAUGUGAGACCCAAAUUGGCAUUUCUAGGGGGAAAAUAAUCAAACUCUGCUAUUCUAAUACAUUUUCCAGCAGAUAUGAAUGUUGGAAAAGUACACAUGUUUUAUAUUCAAAUGUGGAUGAUGUACUGCUUGACUGUGGUUCUCUAUUGUUAACUUUUACUAAUUAAGUUUUGCUGAAUAACCACAUUUGACAAAUUCCCAUGCAUGUUAAUCAACAAUGAUCAUUUCAUCAAAUCUAUUCACAAUUGUAGAGAGGCUGGACAUGGUAUAUUUUUUUAUGACUAUAUGGGCAUAGGAAGUCCAUAUACUGUAUCUAUAUUGUAAAAUAUAAACACUGAAAUUCCAUAUUUUUGAAAAUUAUUUAACAUAACAGCUGGCAUGGAGAAUGCUGCUGUGUGACCAAAGGACAGGAUCUAAGUUUCUGAUCAGACUUUUAAUCAUUUAAACGUUCUGUCAGUUUAGUGGCAGCAUAAACGUUGAAUAUGACUUUGUAUUCAUAUUGCCAAACUCUGUUGAGAUCACAUCGUGUAAAUACAAUAUAUAGAAAUUAAGAUAUGACAAAAUAUAUAUGAAUGAAUUAUAUAUGCUCUUUUAUUUUAUUUUUUUGUUUAGUGUGAAUGAACUACUGAGUGAGAGACUGACAACAAGAAAAAUGGCACCAUUCACGCACUGAAGCUUGAAAGCUCUUUAUUUAUUUAUGAUUUUAUUUUAUUUUAUUUUUUAAAUAGCUAUGGUUAUGUUCCUGUGGUAUACAGACAGAAUUUAGGCACAUGCAUACCGCUUUUGGACAGAACUUUCCAGAAUAAAGAUGUUUUGACUUGUCUGACUAAGUAGAGGUACGUUGUUGUUUUAAGUUAAAAUUCAAACUCAAACCUUUAUUUUUCAAACUUUUAUGAUGUGCCAAGUUCAGUGCUUUGUUCAAUAAAUGUUACAAUUUUAUGUAAUUAUCCUUUGUAGAUUUUUGUGAAAAUAUGCAUAAUCUUGAAAGCGCUGUAUUGUAUCUUUUUUUUUUUUUUUUUGCCAAAUCUUUAAUUAAGCAAAUUUACUUAUUGAAUUUUUGUUCAAAUGUUGUAAAACCAUCUGGUGAAUGAUUCAUUAAGGAAAGUUUCGGUAUUGCAUUGAAGAAUCAGACUAAAAUUACAUCUGCAUAAA